GUUGUCCAAGUCUUGAUGGUCAGGCCAGCUACCGGUCAAUAUAAUCAUUCCAACCGUCAAUAUAAUUUUGUACGGGAUAAAUGAAAUUACUAAUUACUAGGAAAUUAGUAAUUUCUUAAAUGAUACUUGUUUUCUACUGUAUAUUAAACUGUGAGCCUUCUAUAUAUAGAUGGCCGGGGUCAGUGUUUUGCUCAAACCCAAAUAGAAAAUCCAAAACCAUUAUCACCCAAACCUCACCCACCAAGUAUAUAACACAACAGCUUCUUUAUUUCAUUGAUCAAAUGGAAACACACCCAACUGAAAUGAAUCAAGGGGAGAACGACUAUGAGAAGGAUCUUAAGCACCUUACAUCAACCAUCGCUGGAAAAAUCAGUGAAGGUGCCGAGAAAGCUGAAUACUUCUUCUCCUCAGCUUGCAUUUUCAGGGUGCCCGAAGAUCUUCGGAAGCUGAACGAAAGAGCCUACACCCCUCGCCUCAUCGCUAUUGGUCCUCUUCACCGAGAAGACAAACACCUCCAAACACCCUUGCAACACGUCAAACCGAGCUACACGAAUUGCCUACUCUCUCGACUGGCCGUAGGAAUGGAGGACCGGGAAUUAGCAGUGCAGACAAUAUUAAUGGUGCUACAGAAAUGUUUAGCCGAAAUGAAGACAUCGAUAGACAAUGCAAAGAAAUGCUACGCAGAAGAAGUUAUGCUGAAUGAGGAAAUGAUGUUGGUCGAUGGUUGUUUCAUCCUCGAAUUUCUCUACAGAUGUCGCACCCAAGAGCAGGUACAAGAAAGAGAUCCUAUUUUUUGUAACAGUUUCACCUUCUGCAAAGUGCAAAAAGACUUGGUACUCCUUGAGAACCAGAUUCCUUUCUUUGUGCUUGAGAAAUUGUUCCGUCUCAUUGUGGAUCACAUCCCGAAUCGUAUUGACAAUAACUGGUCGCUCCCCGAUUAUUUGGGGUGGUGCUAUAACGAAUGGAUGAGUCCACUACCAAAUUCCGACAACAGUAGUAGUAGUAGCGCCAAAACUUGGUACUGUUCGCCCAGAGAUUGUGUCCUUAGGGUUUUUCGUUGUACAACAGCAGCAGAAAAAGAAGAAGUUCAAAGUGGUAACACUAUUGAUCAUCACCGUAGUACUGCCAAGUACUCUCAUAUCCUCCAUAACCUACAUGAAGGUUGCCUUCCUCACGAUCAAACAAAACAGAAAAAUUUUAGUUUUAGAGAAAUGCCUCCGGCUUCAGAACUGGUCUAUGCAGGAAUCAAGUUUGUUCCUGAUGCAGGAAACGAUCUGUUCAAGUUCAAGUUCAGUGAACCUAAAGGCCUAUUUUGGUGGUGUCGUAGGGCUUGUUUCGAAAUCCCACCACUCUUAAUAUGCGACGAAACGGAGUCAUACCUCAGGAACCUCAUUGCCCUUGAACAGUGCUGUCCUGGCGUUUCGUGGCACGUUUCGUCCUAUGCGGACAUCAUGGACAUGCUGGUGAAGUCUGAUAACGAUAUCCAAGUGCUCGAAAAGGCCGGAGUCCUGACGAACUGCUUGGGUCCCACUGGGGACGCCACCAAUCUAUUCAACAAGCUAUGCAAGGAAAUCAUGGUAGGCCAAUACUUCCGUGACACGUGCAGCAAAGCCACGGAGUAUAGCAAGCGUUUUUGGCCGAAGAAUAUGGCACACGUGAGACGCACGUAUUUUGAUUCUCCAUGGACGUUCAUAGCUUUCUUUGUCGGCUUCAUUGCUUUUGUCAUAACCUUGGUUGGAUUCGCCCGCAGUUUCGGUAAAAAAUGCUAAUGUAGCUGUUAAGAAACGAAGAGAUCUGAUGGGGUUAAUAAAUCAAGUGGGUCAAAAAUUGGGUGUGCAUCUAUAUAUUGAUGGUGUAGUUGGAAGUGGUAUUGUGCAUCUAUAACUAGUGUGUUUGUGAUGUCUAUUGAGAGAGAGAGAGAGCUGUGGUAUCCCCUUUGGGGGUUUCCAUCCCCCCGCCCCCCCCACAUUGUUUAUGACUUUAUGUGUGCGAGGUUGAGAGUGAGUGUGUAAUCAAAUGUUUUGUGUUACUACAUUUUUUAAUUUUUUAUUUGAUAACUGUGUGUUGUAUUCUUUUGGAAGUGAUAAUAAUAUGAGUGUUCCAUGAAAAUUCUAAUAUCUUAUUCCCCUCACGAUGAUCAUGAGCAACAUUUUGUCAUGGUUUUCAAGUAGAAUUGAGAGUAUCUCUAGGGGAAUUUGUUUCUGAUUAG